GAAAAAUUUCGGAUUUACAUAUUUACCAAGCAUCGCAUACACAUUUCUUUCAAUCUCUUGCCAUUCUUUCCUUGGUAAGUUUCAGGUUCUACCUCCUUCUCCAUCUCCAUAAAUUUGAUCAGCACAUGAAGCUUACACAGGCUGUUCUUGAAGAAGCUGCUUCUUUCAUAUCCCCCACUGAAGCCCGAGUUCUCUCUCUUCGGAAUCUCAAUUUGACCUCGUUAGAUGCAAUUCAUGUAUUGCAAUCAUCAGAUAUCCACUCUAUCAUAGACAUCACCAAAAACUCGAUCUCAUAUCUCCCUGAAUUCCCCGUUCUAUUGCGUCUAGAGACAUUAAUAUUAUCUAACAACCACAUACGAAGUGUCACCGGACUAGCUAAACUAGUAAACUUGCAGGUAUUAUCGAUAACUUACAAUGAGAUCGUCCAUUUGACAGACCUUGAAGAAUUGAAAGAGUUACCGUCAUUGCGUAGUCUAUACUUGACGGGAAAUCCUGUUGUGAAAAACAAAGAUUACAGGCUGUGGUGCAUAUGGAGGUUUCCUAAUUUACAAAUUAUAGAUUUUAAAAGAGUGAAAAACGUUGAACGAAAACAAGCAUCGUCUGCUUUUGACAACAACUCCGAUAAAGUAAAGGCAAUCCUGUCGGUGAAGCCUAUACCAAUUUUUGCCACAAAAACAUUAAAUAGAGAAGAGCAAUAUGUGAUGGAUAAUGUAGAUACUGAGGAGAAGGAAGAUACAAAGCCGAUGACUGAAGAUGAUAGAGAUCGCCUAGAAAAGGAAUUAGAGCAGGCCGACUCCAUGGAGGAAAUUCAACGUAUAGAAGCCAUUCUUAUGCGUGGCAGUUUGUAAUAUUUGUAAAUUAACCACUGAUUCAAGGGCAGUAUUUUUUGCUAUUUCCAUCAAUUUUCAAAAACGUACCUGUACAGGUUAAAACUAUUAAACAUAAAUAAAU